AUAUUUUAGUGUCAAAAUUCAAUGUACCCAAUCACAUCCGGAUUUUUUGAUGACAAAUUGAAGCGCAAAGCACUGCGAAAAGUCCGAAAGACCACCAUCACCACCAUCACCAGAUGCCUUCUAAGAAAUCGCCCAGGCCCGCUAACAACGAGCUUAAUCCGUAUACGCGAUUCUUUAAUGCCCAGAAAUCGCUGCCCCCCGACAAAGAUGGCCAAAAGCAAGGAGUCUGCAAUCGGGAAAGUGUUUAUGUCCUAUCGAAUAAGGCACGUGGCAAACGGCGAUCGGGCCGGGAAAAUAACCAGCCGACAUGGCGGAGACGCGGUGGUGGCGGCGGCAACGAGGACACCAUCAUGGUUGUUACGCAGGAUAAUACGCAACAGCCGAAGGAUAAGCCAUUGCUGACCGCCUCCCAAUUGGACUCCAUUUGCUACGACAUCAUUAAGGAGCCACCGAUGCAGUUUCACGUGAAUGGCACCGACAUUGCGCCCAGCAUUCGUGGCCUCCGCCUGAGUGUCUGCGUGGAGCACACCCGAUUCCAGCUGGUGGCCAAGGUGACCAGGAACAUGGGCUUUCAGCACGUGCCCGAGCAUAGGCUGUGGAACAUCCAAUGGUCGGACUCGACGCCCCAUCAUGAUCUGCUGCGUAACAUGAAGCGCUUUCAGCAGAUUAACCACUUUCCAGGCAUGGUGGAGAUAUGUCGCAAGGAUCUGCUGUCCAGGAAUCUCAAUCGCAUGCUCAAAAUGUUUCCCGGCGACUAUCGCAUAUUCCCCAAAACCUGGCUUAUGCCAACCGAUGCCUACGAUGUAGCCAUUUAUGCGAGCAAACACAAGCGCACUUUUAUCCUAAAGCCAUACUCGGCGGGUCAAGGACGUGGCAUUUGGAUAACCACCGAUCUUCGCACUGUCGGCAAGCGGGAAAAGCUCAUCUGCCAAACGUACAUCGAGCGGCCACUACUAAUAGAUGGCUACAAGUUUGACCUGAGAGUCUAUACACUUGUCACCUCCGUGGAUCCACUGCGUAUUUUUGUGUACAACGAGGGCCUGGCCCGCUUUGCCACCCAGAAGUAUGUGCCACCGACGAUAGGAAAUAGCCACAAUGUGUUCAUGCACCUGACCAACUACUGCCUGAAUCGCCGCAACUCGCAGUACAUGGUGGGCAAUGGACCGGAAGCGGGCUCCAAACGCAAGCUGAGUGCCUUCAAUAAGUGGCUAUUGGAUCACAACUACGAUGUGUCCGAGUUCUGGGCUAGUGUGGAUGAUGCCAUCAUAAAGACGCUGAUUAGUGCUUGGCCAACGCUUAAGCAUAACUACAAUGUGUGCUUUCCCAAGCACGACAAGAUACAGGCCAGCUUUCAGUUGCUCGGCUUCGAUAUCCUGGUGGACUGGAAGCUAAAGCCAUACAUUCUGGAGGUCAAUCACACGCCCAGUUUGAGUGCCGAUGAGUCGGUGGACAUGGAAGUGAAGCGGCCAUUGAUUCGAGAUACUCUCAAUAUGCUCAGCACCGCAUUGGUGGAUAAAGAACAGAUUAUCCGUGACGAUCGAACGGAACACAGGGCUAGACUACUAAGGAAUAUCUACAAUAAGAAGGCUGCUGCCCAAAUGCCGGGUUACUCGUCACCCAUACGCGAAGCUGGUGGCCACGAGGUGCGCCAAGCCUGCUCCAUUGGAGCGUUGACCCAACAGAUCGCCUGGGAGGAGAGCCAUCUGGGCAACUAUCGGCGUAUAAUGCCGCCACGGGAUUCAGCAAAGGUCAACUACUAUUGCAAGUUCUACGAGCAGAACAAGCAGCCCAUGUUCGCAGAUACACGUGCAAGUAGGAGACGUGAGGAGCUGAAUCACCAGGCAAUGCAAAAGCAUCAGCGGGAGCGCCAGCAGGAUCUGAUGCAGCAGCAGCAGGCACAGAAUCGCAUAGGCAAGCAGGUGCGUUGGCCAGGUGAUCAGGUGCAAGCUGCCCAGGUGAGUCCUGUGAUCCUGCAGUCGCGACGCCGCCGCGAGGAGGCCGAGGCCCAUGCGAAAAAGCACCGUGCUCUGAUAGCCCGCGAAAUCCAGCGCCAAAAGGAGCAGCUGCUGGCGCCCACCUGCGCCAAGGAGCGCUUGGGCAUUUGGCAGAGUGUCCGCCGGGAAAAACGCCGCCAGUGUUCGCCCAAACGCAGCAGCAGCAUCACCAAAGCCCAUCGCCGCAAACAGCAACGGAAUCUCAGCCAGCGGGCUCGCCAACAGCGAAUGCUCGAACUGGAAGCCCAGCGGGAUGCGAAAUUUCUGGAGGAGCACGCCAAAAAACAACGCCUCGAAGGUGGCAGAAUUACGGGUCAAAGUGCAAUCCCAGGCUCUGUAGGCAAGAUCACCGAGAAAAGCAGGAGCAGUUUGACAAAGCAGCCGAGAACAAGGGGAAAACACGUGCUGCAAAAGAAAAUACACCGGGAAAGCAGCAACCACAGCCAGAUGACAAAGUGCAAGGUGGAGCUAACACCUGCCACAAAAGCUGAAGCAAGUGCAAACUGGACUGCGGGCAGCAUCAGCGAAGUGGAAACUAGCCAACUUCUCGACUGGCGAAAGGAAAGAGGCAAUCGGUUAAAGGAAACAGGGCUCAGGGAAUUGAUCUUCUCGAAAAUGUACGAAAACGGGCAUCUGACCAAGAACGAUAUCAAGUGCUUUCCGGAUCUACUCUAUCAAAUACUUAAUAACGAGGAAGCGAGUUCAAGAUAGAUCUGAAUUUUUGGGCAUUUUGUAUGUGUUUUCGCUGAGUGAAUUGUCUUUGCAAGCAUUGUUUUAUACCGCCACUUUGUAGGUGUUGAAAUUAAAAUUGAAAU